GCCCUUACACGCGAAAAUCAUCAGCAAUAACAAACGAUUAUUGUUUAUUUACCUAUUAUUGAACCUAUUACCGACAAGUACCCUCAAGCUAGCCCGCCAUGUCUUAUUUUAUGACCCAUCUUCACUCUGGCUGGCAUGUCGACCAAGCCAUCCUCGUCGAAGAAGAUCGUGUCGUCUGUAUCCGUUUCGGCCAUGACCAUGAUGAAGAAUGUAUGGCUAUGGACGAGACACUCUAUGGAGUCUCUGAAAAGGUCCAAAAUUUUGCCGUUCUCUAUUUGGUCGACAUCACGGAAGUUCCUGAUUUCAACAAGAUGUACGAAUUGUACGAUAAUUGUACACUCAUGUUCUUCUACCGAAAUAAACAUAUCAUGAUCGACUUGGGAACGGGUAACAACAAUAAGAUCAACUGGGCUAUAACGGACAAACAAGAACUCAUUGAUAUUAUCGAGACUGUCUACCGGGGGGCGUCCAAAGGUCGAGGUCUCGUCGUUUCUCCAAAAGAUUAUUCUACCCGACACAAGUAUUAAUAAUCACCCAAUUCAAGUUGUACAUCAUAUCUAUAAUAUGCAUUUAUCAUACGGCCAUAGAAAAGAAAAGGGAAUCGCAACAAGCGCAACGAGCGGAAAUCUAUUCAGCCUAGGAGAACAAGAUGACCAACGUACUUUCAUUAGUCCACCGAAAAAGAUUCAUGUCAGGAAACACAGAGCUAUAGGCCAGUUCUGGCAUACCAGCGAGGUCCAUAGUUUGAUGAUUUUGGACAAGACGAAAAGGACAAUCUUGCAUGGUUGGUUGUAACCAAAAACAUUUACCGUGACACCUACGUAACAACGGGAGAUGAAGGUCCGCUUUGUGUCGAUUAUGACAGCCUACCCCCAUCUCAGCCAGAAAUGAAACAUCGCUAUUACCUCGCGAAAAACGGACGAAAGUCAAAUUGCACUCAUCCAUAGCCUGAUAUCUGUCCGAAGAAGACGACUGUCACGUGAAUGGAGCUAUAUGCCACAGGAUUCAAAACAAGCAUGGAUGUUUAUAUUUGGAUCUAUCUAUAUACAAUAAACGAGAGAGGAUUACUAACAAUUUACAGCGUGGGAGGCGGCACAUCUGUUUGCGCAUGUGGAACUUCUCCUUCAUCUCUUCCCAUCCUCCUCGUUUGUCUGACCUUUCCAGUCGUCCUUUCCCUUUCCCUCUCCUCGUCCCCGUCAGAUUUCCCAUGUCCUCCGCCAAACCAGCUAGACGAAAACUUGGAAGUCUUCGGUUUCGGCAUGAAGUCGGUCGUAUUCGGCAUGAGAAGAAUAUGAUAUGAACGCGUAGCUGUGGGAGAGGUGAGGAGCCAGUCCUCGAGAAGGGCCAAGUUGCGGAGAUUGGACUUGAACAGGUUAUCGAGAAAGUCACCGAUCAGAGGUACAAU